AUUGCAGACCUCGCCGUGCCAUCGAUCACUUCAAGGAUGGAAACGCACAGAAGCAGCGAGAGCAAGAGAGAAACGUCGUCGUCUAAGAGCAGCCGAAGGCGAGCCAGAAGAAGAUCGGACGCCGACUCCGAGUACGAGUCCGACCCCGGCAGCCAGGACUCGUCGCCACGGAGCCGCUCUGCCAAGCGGAGUCACAGGAGUGGCAGCCGCCGAAGCCGGCGCUCGCCGACGGAUUCGGAGCAUUCCGGCGACAGCGACGAUGGAAGUAACCGUGAGAGGAAGAGGAGGGCUUCGUCUUCCAAGAAGAUUACAGAUGAAGAAAUUGCCGAGUACUUGGCCAAGAAAGCCCAGAAAAAGGCGCUUAAAGUCGCGAAGAAAUUGAAGUCGCAGACUGUUUCUGGUUAUUCCAAUGAUUCCAAUCCCUUUGGCGAUUCCAAUCUCAAUGAAAAAUUUGUGUGGCGGAAGAAGAUUGAGCGGGAUGUUAGUCAAGGUGCGCCACUUGAAAUGUUUUCACUAAAAGUUGAGAAGACGAAGCAAAGAGAAAGGAUGGCAGAGAUUGAAAAAGUGAAAAAGAGGAGGGAAGAAAGGGCAAUUGAGAAAGCACAACAUGAAGAAGAAAUGGCAUUAUUGGCUAGAGAACGUGCUCGUGCAGAGUUCCAAGACUGGGAGAAGAAAGAAGAGGAGUUUCAUUUUGAACAAAGCAAAUUUAGGUCUGAGAUUCGGUUGCGGGAAGGGCGUACAAAGCCAAUUGAUGUUCUUACAAGGCAGCUCAAUCCUUCAGAUGAUUUUGAUAUAGAAAUAAAUGAACCAUACAUGGUCUUUAAGGGUUUGACAGUAAGAGAAAUGGAAGAACUUAGGGAGGAUAUAAAAAUGCAUCUGGAUCUGGACAGGGCAACGCCUACACAUGUAGAGUAUUGGGAGGCGCUCUUGGUGGUUUGUGAUUGGGAACUAGCUGAAGCUCGAAAAAAGGAUGCACUUGAUCGGGCUAGAGUGCGUGGAGAACAACCUCCUUCUGAAUUGCUUGUUGAAGAAAGGGGUUUACAUUCUAGCAUUGAAACUGAUGUCAGAAACCUCUUGCAAGGAAAAUCUUAUGGUGAACUUGAAGCAUUACAGUCCCAGAUUGAGUCACAGAUGCGAUCUGGCACGGCUAAAGUAGUUGAGUAUUGGGAAGCUGUUCUGAAACGGCUUCACAUCUAUAAAGCGAAGGCUUGUCUGAGGGAAAUUCACACCAAGAUGUUGCGGAAGCAUUUGGAGCAUCUUGAGCAGCCAUUGAAGGAUGAAGAAGAUAACUUGGAACACGAGCAGAGUUUGAGUCCUAAAGAAGACAUUGAUCAUGAUUUGAAAGCUCCCUCCCCCGAACCCAUGCUGGAUGAAGAGGCAAAUGAGGUGGCAGAGGAGGCUGGAUCAUUUUCACCACAGCUUUUGCAUGGCGAUGGUGAUGAAAAUGAAGAAGCAAUCGACCCUGAAGAGGACAGGGCUAUAUUGGAACGGAAACGUAAAGCUGUGUUGGAAGAACAACAAAGACGUAUCCAAGAAGCUAUGGCUUCAAGGCCAACUCCAUCAGAAGAUAACUUGGAGAUGAAGGCCAUGAAAGCAAUGGGAGCCAUGGAGGAAGGUGAUGCAGUAUUUGGCUCAAACGAUGAAAUAAACCUUGAUUCACAGGUGUACUGGUGGCAUGACAAAUACCGCCCAAGGAAGCCGAAGUACUUCAACCGCGUCCACACUGGGUAUGAGUGGAACAAAUACAACCAAACCCACUAUGAUCACGACAACCCACCGCCAAAAAUUGUACAAGGGUACAAAUUCAAUAUAUUCUACCCUGACCUUGUUGACAAAAUAAAAGCUCCUACUUAUACCAUAGAGAAGGAUGGAGAUAGUGCUGAAACUUGCAUCAUAAGGUUUCAUGCUGGGCCACCUUACGAGGAUAUUGCAUUCCGUAUUGUGAACAAAGAAUGGGAAUAUUCCCACAAGAAGGGGUUCAAGUGCACCUUUGAACGUGGGAUUCUACACCUAUAUUUUAACUUCAAAAGAUACCGGUAUCGUCGUUGAAAUCUACCGGGUUGCCUGGAGCACAGGGUAUGUGGUUUCUUAUUGGAAAGGCUUGUCUUAUAUUCUUCCAUCAAAACAGCUUUUGGUGGCUCUGGAGUAGUCUGAUGGGGUUGAGAUUUUGUUCCAUCCACUGUUUCAUGUUACGCCUUGUAUUCCAUUCCACGGCUUCUAUACCUUCCUCCAGCAAUAUUGAUUUUUUACUUUGUGCUAAGCACACUUGAAUGUAAUGAAUGCUGUAUUGAGCCCAGUAACUAGCUACGGUUGUCAGAACAGUUUGAUGUUCAUAUCCAAUCAACUUCUCUGACAGCUUUAACUUA